AAUGAAGGAGUUUUUCUAAAAGUUGGGGUGGACGUGUCUGUGCUGAUGAAAGAGAGAACUCUCCUUUAAGGGUCUUUGAUUUUUACAAACUGCAGAACCCUUGAAGAAUAUUUCUUCAUUUCUUUCAAUAUAACUGAAUCCAACGACUCUCCUGCUUUCAAAGAGGAGUUCCUCGCUCUGCUCUGUGGAUGUACCGACUGGUGACAGCUGCGGUCGACCACCGGCGUCUCGUUGCUAUUUCAUCAACGUCUCAUUCAGAAUAAUUGCUUGAUCGUGCUCGCCAUGCUGGAGCAGCUGCCCUGCGUCUGCAUCGAGCCUGCCCCGUUCAGGCCUCAGCCAAUCAGCAGCAACAUGGAUGAGAGAGCCAUUCGGUUUGAGUUAGAGCGACAGGCCUGUCAGAGCCUCAGACAAGUUCUCCAACUAAAGCUGCAACAGAGAAGAACGAGAGAAGAUUUGAUCAACCAGGGAAUCAUGCCACCACUGAAAAGUUCAGCUGCCUUCCAUGAACAGAGACGGAGCUUGGAACGAGCACGGACUGAGGACUAUCUCAAGAGGAAGAUCAAGAGUCGACCGAAGCGAUCAGAGCUGAUCAGGAUGCACAUCCUGGAGGAGACGUCUGCAGAGCCGUCACUGCAGGUCAAGCAGCUGCAGCUGAAGAAAGCUCGUCUCGCUGAUGAUUUGAACGAUAAGAUCUCCCAUCGGCCCGGGCCCAUGGAGCUGAUUCACAAAAACAUCCUUCCUGUUCACUCCAGUAUUAAACAGGCCAUAGAGACACAGUUUCCAAAGGCUUCGGGUGAUAACCCAUCAUGUGAUGUGGACAGCAGGGACAGUUUGUCUCCAGUAGGACAGGAGUCACCUACGACCGUGGGAACCCCGCCCUCUCCUCCAGACACUGAGAGCUGCAUCCCCUCUCCUACACAGGACCCUCCUUCAGCUCCUCGACUACCGCUGCUCUCUGGACACAGACCCUCAACGAAGCUGACCAAUGGGAAGACAACACCAUCCUCCCACAGGAUGGGUGUGGCCUCUCUGAUCAGGACUAAACCAAACUCUGACCGCUCCAGCCAGAGACACAAGAAACCCAAAGACAACCAGCCAAAGAUAAAGAAGUUAAAGUACCAUCAGUACGUCCCUCCUGACCAGAAGGGAGAUAAAGAGCCUCCUGCCCUACUCGACUCGUCUUAUGCCAAAAUCCUGCAGCAGCAGCAGCUCUUCCUGCAGCUCCAGAUUCUCAAUCAGCAGCAGCAGCAGCAGCAGCAGCACUUGAACUACCAUGCCAUCCUGCCCGCACCACCCAAACCUCAGAAAAAUCAGCAGCCGUCUUCCUCCUCCAACUCCAUGACCAGCUCCUCCCCACCGCCGCCUCUCGCUGCCCCCUCAGCCGCCCUCUUUGUCCUGGGCCGUCACAGCGGUCAAAGUUCAGCUCCUUUAGCUGGGACCCAAGUGGCGUCUCUACCUCCAAACCUGGAUGAGAUGAAGGUCGUGGAGCUGAAGUUCCAGCUGAAGCUGCGUAGCUUGCCCGUCUCUGGCACCAAAACAGACCUCAUCGAGAGGCUGAAGGCCUACCAGGAGCUGAACGGAGGCAGUGGCACUACCUCCUCUCCAACAGCAGGGGGUAACACAGGGUCGGGGGCUGAAGGAGCAGGAAGAUCCUCCCAUCCUGCUGCAGCCGUCUCCGACAGCACAUCACAGCAGCAACAGUUCCAGUGCUGCCAGGCAUCCUCUCUGACAGAUCAGCGAGCCGCUGCUCAGCAGCUUAUGACCUGCAGUGGUGCGGUGUCACCACCUCCCGUCUCCAUCACCCUCUCUGACCGACUGUCGGCCACCAGCAGUCCAGAGGAUUCCAGCAUCAACAGUGAUGCUUUGGAGGAAAUGAUGAGGUCACCUCUCUCCCAGUCGAGUCUUCAGCCAUGUUCAACUCCUCGGCUUCCAACGAGUAUUAAAGAAGAGCCCUCGUGUUCUGCCCCAGCUCCAUGCCAGUUCUCUUUAAAGCCAGCGUCUCUGCAGAAACACUGCCCGGUCCCAUCAGCUGUUCCCACAGCUGCAGUACGGACUCUUGACAAAGACAAGAUGUUGCAGGAGAAAGACCAGCAGAUAGAGGAGUUGACCAGGAUGCUGAGGCAGAAGCAAAGGCUGGUGGAGGUGCUGAGGAUGCAGCUGGAGCAUGGGAACAGAGGAGCACAGGUUUCUGAGCCUGUGGUUCUCUUAAGAGUAAAACAGGAACCUCCUGAUAACCCUGGUGUCCCCCUCAAGUCUGUCCAUCCUCCAUUCCCCCCUCAAACAUCAUCUGUUUCAUGUGACACUGACACUGAAGUUACAAUCAAACAGGAAGUCCCUGAGAGAGAAGAAGUGCAGUCACUAGCCUCCCGUGGAUUACCGCAGUCUUACUUACAAUCUCAGGAAGCCCAGGAGCAAAUUCAGCUACACAUGGAGCCACAGAAAAAACAAGAGCAUCAUGACUGUCUGCAGCAGAACGCUCUGCAGCACGUCGUGCACAAACUCCUGCUACAGCAGCAGCAGCAGCAAACCAUCCACAACUGUAACCAGGCGCUGGAGAACCAACAGAAACUUUCUCUGGAGAAAAAUAAGAAAUCUCACAAACGGCAGCAGAAGCAACAGUCGAAACUCCAUCAACAGAUUCUAAUGAAACAACAACUGAAGCCGCUGUUUCGGCAGCCGACUAAACAGCCACAGCAAAUCCAGAUACACACCAAGAUACAUCUGAAGCAACAACAGGUGCUAAUACAAAAGAAACAUCAGGUGCAGCAGCAGGCCCCACAGGUGUCUCAAGAGUGCGUGAAGGAGCAGUCAGGCUCCGCCCUCUCUCUCCCGCCCUGGUCAGACUCCACCCCAGCCCUGCUCACAGACGGGGACGGCAACCACUUCCUGAUCGCACUGAGCAAUUGUGUCACUGAGAACCACAGAACUGACACACCCAAGGGAAAAGGGACCAAUCACAUCACUCUCCAGGUAGAGAACAGGGGACUUCAUGUGUCAGUGGAGCGACCACAGCAGGAGGCCGCUCAGUGUUUGUCUGCACCGCCCAGUCUGCAGCCUCUCCUCCAGAACCAGGAGGUCGCUCCCUCAGGGGAAAACAUCUCAUCACCUUCCUCUCACGCUCUCAGCUCCAGUCCGGAGGUUUUAUUUAGUCCUCUGUCUCCAGCUUCUGUUCAGACGGCCGCCUCCUCGCCUGAUAACAAACAUACAGAGCAUGAAGAGGAUUUUAUCGACAUCAUUUUGCAGACAGGAGAAAUGUCGACCCCCUUCAACACAGCUCCAGACUCAUCUCUGGAUCGUCUCAAUCCAAACUCCCCUGCCUCCUCCCCCUCUCCCUCCCCAUUCCAGCUGAUGCUAUCUCCCCCCGUCGCCCCCAGCUGUGACUCCCCCCUGCGCUCCCCCUUGGUGCUCUCCGAGCUUCAGACUCUGGUCGACGCCACAGGAGAGGAACAGCUCUUCGGUAACACUGGAAGUGGACGCCUGGAGGACUUCCUGGAAAGCACCACGGGCAAGCCUCUCCUGGGGGUGGAGCCUGGAGGCCUGCUGACGCUGAUUGACGACCUCCACAGCCAAAUGCUGUGCACCCCCAGCAUCCUGGACAACCCCCCGUCUCCCAUGGACACCUUCGACAUGGCACCAGAGGAGGAGGAGCACGGCCUGGACAGUAUGGAUUGGUUGGACCUCCCAAUGGGAGUAGAGACAGGGGAGGAAAGCCCCACGUUUGCCCAGCUCGGCCCCCAAACUCCCCCUAGUAUCUUCUCCACAGACUUCCUGGACAGUUGUGACCUGCAGAUACACUGGGACUCCUGCCUGUAGGAAAUAUGUGCAGCGGUUAGUACACAUACACAAACAUGGAACUGAGAGCUGAGGCUUCAGUUUUUGAUGAGAGCACUUUCUCUACAUCUUCACACACACUGGGUUAUUGACUCCUCAAGUACUUUGACCUUUAUUUUACCUACACACUGAAGUAUUGACUGUAUACAAGUAUUAGGCAGGUCCUACAUAUGUACUUACAUAGUAUAUAU